AUGAAUCCUUCUCAUGUUGGUAGAGAGCAAAUUAUUGAAAAUAACAUUGCCGCUUUGGGCAGUCCAUCAAUGAAGGCACUAGACCAUGAACAAUUCAUUGCUUUGGGAAAGUUUUUAGGUUUUCCUUCUCUCUUAGACACCUUUCCCUCCUUCAAACGCAUGCGUAAAGGCGGUUCAGUUUAUCACUCUCUAUCAUACAAACAAGUCACUGCUCGAAAUAGCUCUUCUGUACUCUUCCAAGACAAUGGUCCUCACUGUAACAAUUUUUCUAGUUGGACAAAUUGAUUUUUAUUUUCAAUACAAACUGCCUUGUGGUAAUAAUUUAACAUGCACGGGGUACUGUGUUUGCCCGGUAAAAAACCUCGCAUUAGUUUAUGCCUUACCAAGGGUACUUGGAUUUGCUUUUAUUGAAGACCCGAUUACUUUUGCAACCGGACAACAACUCACAGUUGUCUACGCACGGGAAAAAGUAAUUAUGAUUAUACCGAUUUCGGCUGUGAAAGAGAAACUUGUUUACAUGCAAUGUGAGGGCGAAGAGGUAGCUUUUGUUUCUCGUUUUCCAAAUAGGGUCAAAUCGGAUUGA